AUCUUCAUGGACAUCAGCAUGCCUAUCAUGAACGGCUUUGAGGCAACACGCCGCAUCCGCGCGAUCGAGGCCCAAUACCGCGAUGAACUGCCACCUAUGCAACGGCCAGCGCCCAGCCUGAUUGUUGCUUUGACGGGCUUGGCAAGUGGCAGAGACCAAAGCGAGGCAUUUACGUCUGGGUUCGACCUCUACAUGACCAAGCCGGUCAGUUUCAGGGAGGUCGGCAGGCUGUUGGACAAC